AUGGAGGCCUCUGCUCGUUCAUUCAUUAGCUACCCCGAAGAUUCUGAUUUCCCCAUCCAGAAUUUGCCCUAUGGCGUCUUCUACCGCAACAGUGAUGCGACCAAGAAGCCCACCAUCGGUGUAGCAAUUGGAGAUCAGGUGCUCGAUCUGGCCGUCAUCGCCCAGGCUGGCCUCUUCGACGGACCCGCGAUCAAGGACCACGCCAUCAACGUAUUCGCUCAGGGAACGUUGAACGGCUUCAUGGCACUCGGCAAGGCGGCCUGGAGCGAGGCACGCAAGACCAUCGCUCGCCUGCUCUCUGCGGACGAGGCCCGUCUGCGGGACGACGCCGAUCUCCGUGCGGCGGCCCUGGUCGCGCAAAGCGACGUGACGAUGCUCCUGCCGGCCAACAUCGGCGACUACACCGACUUCUACUCGUCCAGGGAGCACGCCACCAACGUGGGCAUCAUGUUCCGCGGCAAGGACAACGCCCUUCAGCCCAACUGGCUGCACUUGCCUGUGGGCUACCACGGCAGGUCGUCGUCGAUCAUGCCCUCGGGAACUCCCGUCCGCCGUCCGCUGGGUCAGACCAAGGGACCCGAUGACGCCGCUCCCAGCUUCACCCCCUGCCGUCUGCUCGACUUUGAGCUCGAGAUGGGCCUGUUCGUUGGUCCCGGUAACGCCCUCGGUGACCGUGUCCCCAUCGACGAUGCUGAGAACCACAUGUUCGGCGUCGUUCUCCUCAACGACUGGAGUGCCCGCGACAUCCAGGCCUGGGAGUAUGUGCCCCUGGGUCCCUUCACCGCCAAGAACUUCAUCAGCACCAUCUCGCCGUGGGUGGUUACCCUGGAAGCUCUUGAGCCCUUCCGCGUGCAGAGCCCCAAGCAGGAUGAGCCCAAGCCUCUUCCUUACCUCCAGGACGAGAACUCCAAGGCCGGCUACGACAUCCAGCUCGAGGUGGCCCUCAAGUCGCCCAAGGCAUCGGCUCCGCAGGUCAUCAGCCGCUCCAACUUCAAGUACAUGUACUGGACGAUGAAGCAGCAGCUGGUGCACCACACCGUGACCGGCUGCAACCUCCGACCCGGCGAUCUGCUCGGCUCCGGCACCAUCUCCGGUCCCACGCCCGACAGCUAUGGCUCGCUGCUGGAGAUCACGUGGCGAGGCUCGAAGCCGCUCACCCUGGAGACCGGCGAGGAGCGCAAGUUCCUGCUCGACGGCGACAGCCUCACCCUCUCGGGCUACUGCCAGGGCGAAGGCUACCGUGUGGGCUUCGGUCCCUGUGUCGGCACCAUCCUCCCCCACAACUGA